AUGUCGGACGACGAGCAUCAUUUCGAGUCAAGCGACGCCGGAGCUUCCAAAACCUACCCGCAACAAGCUGGAACCAUCCGUAAGAGCGGUUACAUCGUUAUCAAGGGUCGUCCCUGCAAGGUUGUUGAGGUCUCAACCUCAAAGACUGGGAAGCAUGGUCAUGCGAAAUGUCACUUUGUUGCUAUUGACAUUUUCACCAGCAAGAAGCUUGAAGAUAUUGUUCCUUCUUCUCACAAUUGUGAUGUUCCUCAUGUCAACCGUACGGAUUAUCAGCUGAUUGACAUUUCUGAAGAUGGAUAUGUGAGCUUGUUGACUGACAAUGGUAGCACCAAGGAUGACCUCAAGCUCCCUACUGAUGAAGCUCUGCUCCAACAGAUCAAGAGUGGGUUUGAGGAUGGGAAGGAUCUAGUGGUGAGUGUGAUGUCAGCCAUGGGAGAGGAACAGAUCAAUGCUCUCAAGGACAUUAGUGGUCCCAAGUGA